AUUCCCCAGGGGCCAAAAAAAGUGUUACCAAAACCGGCCAAAGUUCAGCCAAAGCUUGAGUUUCGGCGUGUCGUCCUCCUCGCUAUCCUAUCGCACUCAUAUAUCUGGACUGGGCGCGGCGGGUGGUGGUUUUGUGAAUUUGGAUGUAAUAAUGGCUUUGUUGUGAGUUUGGUUGUAAAUGCGAAUCAUCAUCAUCACCAGGGUAGUAGUAAAGUCUCAUUUGUUUUUUUUGUUCCUUUGGCGAUGGUGGUGUUGGUUGCGCUCCUUUUUGGGUUCCUGGCUGGGGCGUUGACUACUGUUGUCGUUGAAUUUGUAGCACUUGUUCUUGUCAUUCGCCGAUUAAAUCGAAGAGUCCAAAAAGAAGCAGAAGAACGAUCUGCUCCAGGAAUCUCUCAACUCCACGACGACUCCGUCCUUCCCUCCUCUUAUUACAACAAGGAGGAUGGGUUGGGGUUAGUUCUAGUAUGCUCGAAAAUUCAGGGUGCAGUUUGGGUUCUAGAACCAGAAAAGGUUCCAAAGUCAUGGUCUAUGGACAAAGUACCAAGAGAUCAAAAGUGGAGGAAAGAUAUCUUCGAGGUCACCCCGGUUCGAAAGAAUGCAAAAGUCAAGGAUCACUCCCUUAUUGUAACAGAAUCAGAUGGCUCUCACAGAGAAAUUCAGCUGAAAGGUUGCUCAAUAGCCGCUGUUUCUGCUACAUCAUUGUCCUCUAGGAAAUGGGCCAAAAAAUACCCAAUCAAAGUGGAGAGCAAGACCUCAAUGUUAUACAAUGGAAGUAAAACUAUUUACAUUUAUCUUGAGACGUCUAUGGAGAAGGAGUCCUGGUGUAAAGCCCUCCGUCUUGCUUCUUGUAAUGACACAGAAACACUCGAGUGGUUUUCCAAGUUGUGUCUAGAGUUUCAGAGUUACCUGGCAACCUUAAAUGAGGGACAUCUUUCAUUGUUGAAACCAUCUGGUUUCUAUGCUGGGCCUGUGGACAGGUCAGUCAAGCUUGAUGGUUCAUCAAAGGUUCGGCACUUUCUAAAAAAAAUUGCAAAGAAAGCAUCUAAGAGUGGUGUAGAAAAUAAGACAAGCUGGACCUUGGCAUCAGUCCGUGAAGAGACAAAGAUCAACGAGAAAUGUCAUUCACCCCAAGAUUCAGUUUUGGGCACUGGUGUGGUAAAGACUGCUUCGAUACAGGAGGCACCUAACCUUUCAGCGGAGGAAAAAAUUGGUCCAUCAUCAACAUUAGCUCCCUCGGGCAGCAGAAGUCAUAACUCUGUCUUUUCUGAUCUAGAUUCCGAUGAAAGGAUUGGUAGUGAUGAGGGAAUAGCUUGUUGGAAUUUGCUUACAUCACGUUUGUUUUUUGACGCCAAAAGCAAUCUAGGGAUUAGAAGUUUUAUUCAAGCAAGAAUUCAGAGAACACUGUCCAAUAUGAAGAAACCCAGUUACAUAGGUGAACUAACCUGUAUCGGCAUUGAUCUUGGGAAUCUUCCUCCAUAUAUCAGUGGUAUGAGGCUUCUUCCCUCAGACAUGAAUGAAGUAUGGGCCAUGGAAAUUGACAUACAGUAUUCUGGUGGCAUUGUGUUAGAUGUUGCAACAAGGCUUGAAGUUAGUGAGCUAGAAUUUGAGGAACGCAUAGUGGAUACGAAUUUAGAACCAAGCCCUGUCGUGGAGAUAAAAAAAGAUCUUUUAGAAGGUUGUGAGUAUUUUGGAAAGCAAUUAGAGCUUUCUGAAGGUGCAGAUGGUGCAACAGAGCGAAUGGAUGAAGCAGAUCCAAAACAAGAUGGGGUGAAGAUCUAUAAGACCACCAAAAGUGGCUCAUCUUCUGCAUCUAAGUGGAAAUCUAUUGUUAAUUCCAUUGCCAAACAGGUUUCACAGGUGCCUCUUGCAUUGGCAAUAAAAGUUACGUCACUUAAAGGGACACUGCGGUUGCAUAUAAAGCCACCUCCUUCUGAUCAUCUAUGGUUUGGGUUCACAUCCAUGCCUGAUAUUGAUUUUAACUUGGAGUCUUCUGUGGGAGAACACAAGAUUAAUAGCGGACGUAUUGCUUUAUCACUGAUCAGUCGGUUCAAGGCAGCCAUUCGGGAAAAUCUAGUACUUCCAAAUUGUGAAGGUGUAUGCAUUCCAUGGAUGCUAGCAGAAAAGGAUGACUGGAUCCCACGGGAAGUUGCUCCAUUCAUUUGGAUUAAGCAAGAAUCUGUUAUUGAUUCCUCCCAACCUGGUGUAGUAACAGCCAUAACCAAUGCUUGUAGGCAAACUACGAGUGAUGUCCAAGAAGCUGGGAAUGGAAAGGGAAGUAAAGUUGAACAUAUUCAGCGACAAAUCAGUGAAUCCUCUGGUGCACAUGCUCCUUCAUCAGAUCCAGCCAUUCAAUCUGCUUGGCACAGCAAGUCACUGAAAGAGUUGAGCGCUCCUCUAUUGAGUAGUGACAAAUCAAUAGCUGCUUGUGAGGGCAGGAAAGAGGAGAGCCCACAUUGUCAAUCACCAUCUCGGUCAAUGGUUUUGGCUGGGGAGCCUAUUCAGGUUAUGGAAGGAGAUGAUCUCGGGCCCAAGAGAGUUGGGACAAGAGCAAGGAUGCUUGGUUUGGGAAAGAAGAUGGCGGAAAAGCUUGAAGAGAAAAGAAGAACCGUUGAAGACAAGGGGAGGCAUAUAGUUGAUAGAAUGAGAGGACCGUGAGGUGGAGAAUAUAUCCAAGGACUGGUCUACAAAUUAGAGCAGGGAGAGGCUGAGGGAGGAAAUAUAUGCCUAGUUUUCGUGAUGCACAUUUUUUCAGAGGUCCCGAUAAUUCUGUAUGUAUAGGGUAUUGAGAUGUAGAUUCUGUCAGUUAAUGUAAUACGCGUACGGUCGAAUGUGAAUUUAUUUGUGGGAUUUUUCUAUGGUACACCAAAUUGGUUUUGGUGUUUUGGUGUACCAUGUUUAAUCAUUGGAUCAUCCUUAAGUCAAAAUUUGACCAUUGGAUUUGUAAUGAUGAAAAUCGGGUACAAACAACGAAAUAAUUUUGCAUAAAA